CCGGGACUUGGAGGAGGGAGGCUUGGCGGGGCAGGAGCGUUUAUGGCGGCCACGCUGCUGCUGUCCGCCCUGGCUGCGAGGCUCUCCCAGUCGGCGGCCGCCCGCUCCUACGGCGUCUUCUGCAAGGGCCUGACGCGCACCCUCCUCAUCUUCUUCGACUUGGCCUGGAAACUCCGCAUCAACUUCCCCUAUUUGUAUAUUGUCGCCUCCAUGAUGCUCAACGUCCGGCUGCAGGUUCACAUUGAGAUCCACUAAGUCAUGAUUUAUGCUGCUUCUCCAAAGCAUCCCAACGUACCCUGCGGUUCUGUACAAUGCAGAGUUUACAGGAGAGGCAUGCCUUGCAGAUCUCUUGCAUGAGCCUGGAGAAGGAAGACGAGUUGGGACCUGUGCAGGUGUGCAGAAAUGCCCUGAGUCAACAGAAUGAGAUUCUUCACUUUCCAAGGAUCCGUUCGUUGGGAAGCAGUGCCCAGGAGGAAAAUGGUAAUAUUCAACAGGAGCUGUUUUCUCUGAAGAUCAGGAACUGUACUCUCUUUAAAGCUGUCCCACUGCCUCACAUAGGCAACAAAAUGGCCCCUUGUCGGAGUGUUUCAAGUGGCAGAGCGGGGCCUGCCAAACCAUUCCUGGGAUUGCUCUUCUCCCCGGAAAAGGAUGUGUUUGAGAAGAUGUGUAGUCGCUUUGAUAAUGCUGCUGUGGCAGACUGGCAGAAGAAAGCCCGUGGUUUUAUGAGCGACUUGGGGGUGUGGAGCUGCUCUGGAGAGAACUUUGUUCAGUUUGCACACUUCUGGUUGUUGGAGCUGCAACACAAUCAGAAGCAGCAGCUCUUGGAACUGGAAAUGGGGAUUAUUGAGGACAAGCUGCGCCUUGCGCUUCUUCAGGGAUCAGACUGUGAGGAGUUUCAGCCUCUUGAUUUUAACACCAUCCUGGCUGUGGCGCUGAGCGAAUACCCUACAGGACUUGUCAGCAGCCAGAGUUCCUACAUUUUCCUUGACUACUUAAACUUCAUGUCUUCAGAUCAGACACCUGGAUAUAAGAAAAUGCUUUCGAGUAUACAGUACACAGCCAGAAAUGUUCAGAUAGCUCAGUGGUUGCUAGCUAUACGAGCAUUUGUUCUUGCAAAUCUCUGGCAUGCAAUAGUGAAGGUAAAGCCACAAUAAUUCUGAUGCACUUCUGCUUGUUGUUUGGAUAAAGUGCGUUAAAAAGUAUGUUAAGGCAUAGCAAGUGCCGUGAAAGAAUUUCAGUAGGUAUUUUGGUGUACUUAUCUGGGCAACCAAAGUUCAGUGGCGUUAGAGCUGCAGUCAGGUGUCACUUGUAACUUGCCUUCAGCUGACGUGCACAAAUCUGUCCCAUUGCUUGGGGUGAGUGUUCCGCCUCUCUUCCUCUCUUGUGUGGAGAAUCUUGAGAAGAAACUAACUCUAGUGGCCUGUGAUAUGAAAUGCAGGUGUGUAGGUCAGCUCGGGGUGUGGGUUUACCCACACAAACUACAAUUCUAAGCCAACUUAGUUUAACCUGUUUGCCUGCCUCGCAUUUUUAUGGUACUUAGUAGGUAGCCAGAGCUGGCUCAUAGGCAUAAUUUCUUUGUCACACUCUCCACAAGGAAGGAGGAGCAAGGGGUAUGCACUAAUGUGCCGACAAGCUUGGGGGUUCAUAGACACGUUGGUUUCAGUUGUGGCAUCUGCCGCCUUGGGCAUUUUGGGGUGAGCUGUUGAAAGGAAUUUUUGUACGAUUCUUUUGUUUGUGGAGAAGUUUGACUGUUUUGAAAUGAUUGAAUAAUAAGAUGUAGAGCUGCAAUGUUAAGUAGAGAGGAGUUAGGUUAAUUACACAAGUGCCCCCAAUCAAUCAGGUAGCAGGAUUUUUUGCUUUCUUUUGGGGGGGGCAAGUUUUAUUUUCAGUAUAAAUGCUUAAACACACUAGGUGAUAACCACCAACUUAGAGGCGUUCUCUUUCUCUUUUCAGAAGGAGGGAAUACCCCUUAUAAAGCGGCCCUUGCUGCGAAAUAUAUAUAUCUGUGUGUUUUUUUUCCCUUCAGGGCUACUUUUAAUUAAAACGCACAUUUGAUUAAAA